AUGGCUGAAUUCAAGCAUUUGGUACUGGUGAAGUUCAAAGACGACGUCGUUGUUGAAGAUAUUUUGAAAGGAAUGGAGAAGCUGGUCGCAGAAAUGGAGACCGUCAAAUCUUUUGUUUGGGGAAAGGACAUAGAAAGCCAAGAAAUGCUUAGGCAAGGAUUCACGCACGCAUUCUUGAUGACAUUCAGCAGCAAAGAUGAUUUUGUUGCGUUCGCCAGCCAUCCGAAUCACGUCGAGUUUUCGAACACGUUUUCGACCGCAAUCGACAAAGCCCUUCUUCUUGAUUUCCCAGCUGUUGCUGUCAAACCUGCUGCUGUUUGA